AUGGCUUUCCGAAAACUUCUCAGAGAUCUCGACAGUAGCGAGCUCGACGACAGCGUUUUCAACAACACCACCUCCUCUGAGACUGAUUACACCACCUCCUCCGAUGUGGUAAGUGCCUUUUCUUACAUUGUUUUCUUGUUUUUAGGAGGGUUUGUUUUGUUUGGACAUGUAUAAUAUAAAUCAAGGAGAAAGUUGAUGAAAAUGGGUGUAGAUCGUAGUGGGUUGGCUUUGAAAAUGGAUUUUACUGGAUGCUUCAGCUGUUGCCAGCUGUUUCGAUUCAUUUUGAGGAGUAUUUUGUGACUAACUCUUGGUCUUGACAUUUUUGAUGGAAAUCAUAGAUAACAUAGAAAUUUCCACUGGUAUCCUCGAAAUGCACGUCUGAAAAUCUCUGUUCUGGUUUUACAUGUCAGAUGUAGGCAUUUUACAGCAAACACGGCGUUAAAUCACUGAGUUAUAUACCUAUUCAUCUAGCUCUGCUAUGGUUAACAUAAAAUUUCCUCAUUUCUUGACUAAAAUUAAAUUUGGGCUGAUGAAAAAUAUAUUUUCUGCCUUAUUGCAUAAUCUUUAAGCAAUUACCUUCAGGAGAACAGAUCAUGCACUCCACCGAAGGUCUCUUUGUACAGAUGUAGGAAAGUCGCCGUCUCCGAAGAAGACAAAACGCCCUUGGCCAACCAAAGCUUCAAUCUUUCGUCGGAAACGUCCAGUCAUACUGGUUCACUCUCUACAUACAUUGGGGAAUCCGAGAAGCCGCAGAAUCGCAUCAGCCCGCAAGGGCAUGCACCCCAAAAAAAGACUUCCGUCAAUGUCAAUGAUCUUCAUCAAGAUUCGAUGAACACCUCUUUCGCCUCGAGUAUUGGCCGAUGUGAGCAGGAGAGCACGGAAUUCAAAUUCACUUUGUCCGGCCCAAUGAAGAGUGUUCAAGCGCCUUGGAAAACGAGCAAAACGGGGAAGAGGCGGAUGAACCGGAUGAGGGAAAUGAUGAGUCUCAACGACACUUUCAAUGGAGGAUCAUGUUCCGGAUUCUUCAAAGAGCACGAUUCCGGAUUCAAGGAGGUAAUUUUCACUUUUUUUUGUUGUUUGGUUUUUAGAGCCGUCAGUCAUGGAUAAUAUAAAAUUUCGCCGUGGAUUACAUAAUUUAUCCUCUGAAAAUGAAGAUUAUUCGAUUUCAAUUGAAGACGAUUCAAUUUCAGCCCGAGCCGAAGUUCGAGAGGGACCUUUUGGCCGAUGUCCCACCCAACGCCAAGUACUAUAAAGGCAAGCCGGCCCACUGCGCGCUGCACAAUGUGACCAGAAAAUAUCUGAUCAAGACCUUCCCUGGGCAUGUGGAUAUCAUGACCUUGAUCCGGAAUGUAAAUUAAACGACAAAUGGGGAUGGAAAUGUUGUACCAAGAAAUCAAAGGGUAUAUUGUUUAUAAUAUCGGGUUUUGUAGUCGAUUACGUUUUAUUUUUGUAUUUUUUAUUGGCUUUUAUCAAAUAAAAUUCCAAUCUGAGCAAGUUAUGGUCGUGUUUUCAAAGUUACGAACGAAAUUUCACUUUGGAAUCAAGAAAAAAACUUAUUUUUUAUUAGCCAUCUACUACAACAUAAUUUACCACCUCAUGAAGGUCGGGUUUUUGAGAAAAAAUAAGCCAUUUCAUGACCUUUUGGACAACCAACUCUUCGUCACGACUAGACAUGGCUGGGGGGCCGGGCUGGGCCGAAAAUCGCGGCCCGGCCCGGGGGCCAGAAGAGGUCGGCCCGGCCCCCUUCAAAUUUUCUCGGCCCGGCCCGGCCCGGCCCAUCCCGCGGCCCGGCCCGGGCCGGCCCGAAAAUUGAGAAGAAGUAAAAAACCUUAAUUCGCUAUUAGAUAUGACAUAUUUUUCUUUACUAUAACAACUCACAGUACAUUUUUAAAGCAAAAAAUUACUUACCAACGCAUUGCCUUUUUAAAAUUAAUCAAAAAAUUCCCGAGAUCCGUUUUCAGACUAUUAAAAAUUGCCCCAAGACCAAUUUUACAGAUUCAGCAAGGGUGGAACCACGUUUAACAAGGUUUUCAACUUCAAGAUGAUAGUGUUGCUUCACACGACUUCUUAAAGUACGCACUUCUGGAAGCCUAGCAAUACACUUGGCCACCUGCAAAUUAAUUCCCGUCGGGACCCAAAAAGAGAUUUGAAUUUAUUUGUAUACGGUAGAAAAAAUGUUUUUUUUUGCGGCUGCAGCCGAGAAUUUUAUCUGUUUGUUCAUGGAAUCAACCGUUUUGGAGCCUUAGCGUGGUUUUGGGUACGUUUUAUGUAUAAUAAAUAAAUCGUUUGUUGUUCGUGUAUAUUUAGCUGUAUUUUAGAUUUUUUUGAAUGAAAACUGAUGUUUUAGAUCCGAAUUUUAGGCAAGAAACGUGAAGACGAGGUCAUCUACGGGUUCACUUGCGUUGAUGAGUACGUUGUCCAGCAACUGAAGGAGUUCGAUGUAAAGGAGAUGCACGUCAAAACAAUUCUUUCAGAAAAUUGA